CUCGUGACAACACUCAAAUCCAUUAAAAAACGAAUCAAUCAAAAAUUUCUAAAAUAUAAUGAAACGAUUGCUAAAAUUAUCAAUAUAAUCGUUACCGUUUAAACCUGCUAUGAAACGUUAAUGCCUACGAUUUUUGUUUCGGUUGUGCGUAAAAUUAAUGAUGUAUUGAGCUACUUAAUGGCUUUCAAAGACACCGGAAUGAUUCAUCCCUACAUAGACUCUAACUGUCGAGUGCUAUCAACAUAGAGUGCGGGGUGCAGGCGAGCGAUGGGGGCGCGGUGGGCGCGGUGUGCGGCGUUGGCGCUAGUAUGUUGCGCGUGCGCCGCCGCGCCCGCCGGCCCGUCGCCCGCACCCUCAUCCGCCCCCGUGUCGUGCGACCCGCUACUUCUAAAAAGGACGCCACCUUUACCACAGAAUGUUCGCGAAUAUGAAGCCGCUGUUGUUCAAACCGCUCGAGCGUUGUCAGAGCUCGUGGAGCAGGGUGCUGCGGACGAAGCUAGGGCAGCUGCCCUUGCACGAGCCGCUGCACGCGCUCCACUCCACCCACCCCCAGCUGCUGUCGCACUCGGUGCACCACAGCUGCACCUUGGCAUACUCUACAUCGCAGAACCCCCAAGACUAAUCGUCUUUCAACAAAAUAACUCAGCCACACUCCAACAGUUCUGGCGUACUUUAGCUUCUGCUUGGAACGCUAGCCUUGUUCUUUGGUCCAAUGCAUGGUAUUCAUGUGAAGGUAAUCCGGGGUGGUGGGGUGGAACGGCAGCGGCUAGAGGCGCUGGACCAGCUCGAGCUGCUGCUGCAAUAUUUCGUCGCAUACCGGCUAUACCAUGUGAAGAAACUAUGUAUGAAUGGUUAGGUGGACCACCGUUAUGUGAUCCAGUUACGACGGAUUGUGAAGCUUUUCCUUCUGAAAAUAGAGACCAAAGACUUGGGUACCAUUGUAAAUGUAGCUCGGGUCAUUGGCAUGCGAGUGGAGGAGAUUGGAUCAGUAGAUCAACGCUCUUUGAAAUCGGUCAGAUGAACUGCACUCCAUGUGGGCUGGGCAGCAAUCCAGCUGCAUGCCUCGCCGACGCCUACCGUGCUUCAUUACUGGCAGCCAACCUUGCUGGCAUGCUGCUCUGCCUCGUCAUCGGAUUUAUCAUUUUUAAAAAGAGAAAGUGUAAAGCCGUUGCCAUGGGCAUGUGGACAGUUCUAGAAGUAGUUCUUCUUGGUGCUAUGCUCAUGUAUGCUUCGGCGGCUUCCCAAUACAUAUCGAUAGCGCGUUGGCGAUGCGUGGCGGGAGCGUGGUUGCGCGAGCUUGGCUUCGUUGCGUGUUACGGCUCUGUGGUUCUGCGGUUGUGGGUGCUGCUCGCAGAGUUCCGCACAAGAAAGGCACAUCGUUGGACACCGAGAGACUCAGAGGUCUUAAGAAUAGUUGCAGCGAUGGUGUUAGGUGCAGCUUGUUACUUAUCAGCUUUUACUGCGACGACGGCAUGCGACGAAGACGCGGGCGGAGGCUGUGCCCGCGCUGCUUGGCACCACGUCACGGCCGCUGCCGAGUUGCUCCUACUUGUAGCGGGACUUCGGAUAGCACAUGCAGCGAGAAACGCAAAUGUACCAUUUCAGGAGCGUGGAUGGCUAGCGACGGCACUGUGGGCGGAGGGCGUGUGCGGCGCGGCGUGGCGCGUAGCGGCGCUGGCGGGCGCGGCGCCCGAGCGCUCGGCGCUGGCGGCGGCCGCGCGCGCGCACCUGUCCGCCGGCGCAGCGCUCGCGUGCGUGCUCGCACCGCGGCUUUGGCACGGGUACCGCGCACGGUCGCUCGCACAGGAGGUAUCUCGUCGCGGUCCAGCGGAGGGUUUCGGUGCAGAAGGUGAAGAAGAACCCACAUCGGAAGAAGUGCGCGCAGAAUUGAAGCGAUUGUACGUGCAGUUGGAGAUUUUGCGCAAUCAGACGCUCCGUCGCGACAAUCCGCAUAUCAGCAAACGUCGUGGAGGGCGAAAGCCACCUCACAGGCGGUUUUCAUUGCAGAAAAAAGGCAGUCGUGAAAAGGCACUGCAAGCUCGACGGGGAUGUAAAAACAAGGGAGGCAGUGCGAGUGCCGUGGAGGCAAGUGAGGCAGGCGACGCAUCGCGUACUCCGGAGGACUCGGUCUGCUCAGCAGAGGGGCCCUCGCACUACACAGACGGGGAAACACAGGCGUGACUUAGUUGUGUGCUCGUAAAGAGGACCUUUCAAUAUAAACCAAGUGUAAAAACGUUCUAAUGUGCCCUAAAGAAUAUUAUUAUUAAAAGAAAAAGGAAUUGAAUUGUUAUAA